AUGUUAAACGACAGUGAGGAAGAUAUCCAUUUAACACCACCUAAAAAAAUCAUAAAAAAUCCAACGAAACACAGGGCGCAGAAGUUUCGUUCAAAAUGGCUCAGAGUUGAAAAUUUAAAAAAAUGGUUGGUUCCUGUUGAUAACGAUACUUUCAAAGCCAAAUGUAAGUUGUGUAAUUUCACAAUGGUCGCGGAGUUAUCUAACAUUAAAACACAUGGCAAUGGUAAAAAACAUAAAGAAAUUGAAGCAUGUAAAGAAAUAAAACAAAAAUCGAUAAAAACUUUUACUACAAAUAAAACUCCAACGAAAUUAGAUAUUGACGUCAAAAUGGCAGAAAUAAAAUUAACUGCAUUUUUGACAGAACACAAUAUUGCCUUUCUUGCUACUGACCGCCUUACGGAUGUUCUUAAAAGUUGUUUUAAAGAUUCUGAAAUAGCUAAAAAUAUAUCACUUAAAAGAACAAAAACAACUUCAAUUACGAAAAAUUUAAUUGGUUAUUGUCAGAAAAAAGAACUUGUUUCGUACCUAAAAACUGUACAGUUCAGUAUAUUAUCUGGUGAAUCUACUGAUAUUGGUGCCGUCAUUCUUGGUUUAAUGGAAUCAUUAACUUUAUAUGGCAUACCGAAAUGUAGUGUUAUUGGUUUUGGUAGCGAUGGUUGUAAUACCAUGAUGGAUGAGAAUAAUUUAGUGGCUUCAAGAAUGAAAAAAGAAUUCCCAGGCAUUUUCAUAAUGAAGUGUGUUUGCAAUUCGGCUCACCUUUGUGCAAGUGAAGCCUGUAAACGGUUACAAAGAUCAUGUGAAGAUUUGGCCAGAAAUAUUUUCAACUUUUUAAAAAGUUCUUCAAAACGCCAAUGCGAGUUCUCUCAGUUUCAAACAUUUUUAAAUUUGGAUCCCCAUAAAAUAUUACAUCCGUCGCAAACUCGAUGGCUGUUUUUAACUGCAAUAGUAGACAGAGUUAUAGAACAAUAGGAUGCGCUGAGAUUAUACUUUUUAGAUACUGUUUUAGUACAGCGGCUUCUGUCAACUGAACAUAUCCUUGCUGCUUUGAAUGACCCUUUUAUGAAGUUGUUUUAUUAUUUCUUGCAAUGGGCUCUUCCUAAAUUUACAAGUUUUAACCAAUUCUUUCAGACAGAUUCUGUUGUUAUUACUGAUUUGCAUGAAAAGAUUGUUUCACUCUACAAAGAGCUUCUAUUAUGUUUUUUGAAAAGAGACUAUGUUAUGAGAACUCCUCUAAUAAAUAAAAAUACAAUGAAUGGGCAAUAUCAAAUCACAGAUAAUGAACUGUAUCUGGGAACUAAGGUAUUAAUGCAUAAGGACAAUCCGGAUAUUUUAAGUAAUAAUAACCAACGUAAAGACUUUUUUGAAAGGUGUCGUCAGUUCUUACAAACAUCUUCUUUAAAAAUGAAAAAAAGAUAUAAUAUGGCUGAUCCUGUCUUAACAGAAUUAUUUAGUUUUAAACCAAAAAAUGCUUUGUCAUUAGAAUUUAGAAACACUAAGCCUUCUCUUGUCAAUCUGAUUAAAUUAGUUCCUUGUAUCAUUAAUAUUAAUGAACCACGAAUACAAGUCAUUGAUGACGAAUGGCGUAGAUUACCUAUUUCAAUAAGUUCGCUUCCAGAUGAUAUUGAAAAUAUGAUUGAACCAGAUACAUUUUGGUAA